CAGUAAAUUCUGGUCCUCCCCGUCCCUAAUUUCUUAGGGUUUCAUGACUUAAACUGACCUGCUCACUCCCUGAAAUCUUUCACUUCAUUUCGCACAUUAAACCCCUGAUCCCCAACAAAAUAGACCAGGCAUCAGCUGCACAUUGCUAAGCUAUCAAUGGAUUUCCUGAAAAAAAUAAGAAAAAAAGCCCACAAACAAGCCCCGCUGAAUGAUUCAGACGCUAAGUCUGCUCAGCAGUCAGAACAGGCAGCUGCUGAACAGAAUGUUGAUGCAUUGGGCAAAUCAAUCAGUGUUGAGCCUGAAGACAAUAAUGAUAAUGGUGAUGAGGAGGAUGAUGACGAUGAUUUCAUUACGAAUGAAGUGAAAAGGAGGUUGAAGGAGCUGCGGAGGAAUAGCUUUAUGGUGCUGAUCCCGGAGGAAACGUGCCCCGAAGAGGAGGAGGAGGGGGAGGAGGAGGAAGGCGAGACGAGCUCGGCUGAUUGGAGGGAUGUGGAAGCGGAAGGGAGGCAGUUCUGGUCGGGGUUCGCGGAGGUGUAUGAUAAGUAUUGUGAAAGAAUGCUGUUGUUUGAUCGCUUGAGUGCUCAGCAGCUCAACGACAUUGGUUCUCAAUUUUCAUCAACUCCGUCACCAAGGUCUCGUGAUACAGGUCCUCAAGGUUCAUCGACUCCGUCACCAAGGUUUACUUCUAAGAAGCUUGCAUCCCCUUUGCGAUGCCUAUCCCUGAAAAAGUUUGAAGAGCCUGGGGAUGAGACUGAACAGUUACAGGAGCUCCCUAACAGCCCAUUACAAGAUCUUGAAGUCGCAUAUGCUGCUCAUAUAUGCUUAACUUGGGAGUUGCUCCAUUGCCAGUACACAUAUUUAAGCCAGAAAAUAUCUGUUGAACCUGAAAAUUCCUGCACCUACAAUUACAGUGCUCAGCAAUUCCAACAGUUUCAGGUUUUGUUACAGAGGUUUGUCGAAAAUGAACCUUUUGAACAGGGUCACAGGCCGGAAAUAUAUGCUCAAACUAGAAAAUCGCUCCCCAAAUUACUGCAUGUUCCAAUGGUGCAAGGUUUAGACAAAAAAGAGGUGAAAGAAGAGGAGUCAGAUCUGAAGGUACUUGCUCCAGAUUUAAUUAAAACAAUAGAGAGCUCAAUCCUCACAUUCCACCACUUCUUGAAAAUGGACAAGAAGAAAUCAGGUGGUGUCCGUGACCUUUUUGGAGGUCAGACUCAGUUGCCUACUCCCCUCCAACAAGUUCAGUCAUCUCUUAAACAGAAAGAGAUUAAAUUGAAGGAAUUGCGCAAAAAGAGGAAGGGUUGGAAGAAGAAAUCUUGGCCAGCAACAGAAGAGGACGUGGAGCUCUUGUUAGGACUGAUCGAUGUCAAAAUCUUGCGCAGGGUUUUACGGAUGGCGAGGAUCAGCAGAGAGCAGUUGCUUUGGUGUGAAGAGAAGAUGAAGAAACUAGACUUGUCAAAAGGAAAGCUGCAGAGAGAUCCAUCUCCUAUACUUUUUCCUUGCUAAUGUAAGAACCAGAUAAUGGUGAACUAGCUUGUCAAUUUUCAUAUGAAGUUGCUUGGAUGGAAACCCGUUCACUCUGCCUUCCCGAGAAUUAUUACCGGGCAUCAUCCUGAUUCUUCAAUGAGAUUUAAGGAAUGUACCAACUAAAACAUCAAACUUGACAUCUAGUUUAUAAUUUAAAAACUUUACCGAAA